AAUAAAAUAUAGAAAAGGAAAAAUUGUCUGAGAAACGGCACUGAAGAAAGCUUUAAGCAAAGCUGCAAAGAGCCUUUUCUCGUCUUCUUUAAUGGCAGAUCUCUCGUUUUAUUGAUUUGCAUUUUGAGUUUACGGCCUAGUUUUUGUGAGUUAGCUGAGUUGAAUCGUUCUGUUGAGUUGAAUAAGUGAUCGGAAAUGCUGGACGGAAUCUUAGGCCGUGGUUUUGCCUCCAAAUGUAAUUCAUUGAUAAAACUGAUAAAGAGUCGGAUCGAGGUCAUAAGGAGGAAGAAGACUGCGACGCUUAAGUUUUUGAAGAAAGAUGUAGCUGAUCUGCUUGCUAAUGGUCUUGAUAUUAAUGCUUAUGGCAGGGUAGAAGGAUACAUUGCAGAAUUGGUCCUUUCAUCUUGCUAUGAUUUUGUGGAGAAAUGCUGUGAUUUGGUGUCCAAGCAUGUUUCACUUCUGCAAAAAUUAAGAGAUUGCCCUGAAGAUUGCCGGGAAGCUGUCUCAUCUCUAAUGUUUGCAGCUGCAAGAUUCUCUAAUUUGCCAGAGUUGCGUGAUCUCAGGCAAAUAUUUCAUGAAAGAUAUGGAAAUUCCCUGGAAUUAUUUGUCAACAAACAGCUUGUCGAGAAUUCUGCUUCAAAUUCUUUCACAAUGGAGAUGAAAGUCAAGGUAAUGAAUGAUAUAGCAUCCGAGUUUUCCAUAAAAUGGGACUCUGAAGCUUUUAAGCAAAGAAUGUCUAAACCUGCUGUGAUUCCAAAGGACCAACCUAAAAGUCAUGGCUCUUUCCAUGCCAGAGGUCAUAAUCAUAAAUCAAACGAUGGAAGGAGUCAACUAGAGGAAAAUUUUGAAGUUUCAUCUAAAGAUAACCUCAUAGCAGGUAAAGAUGGGCACAGAUUGGGCAACUCUAAGGAGGAUAAUGCCUCAAAAAGGGGUGAGAUCAGCCUUCCGCCUAAACAGGAAUUAAUUGUUGAUGGGUACCAUCCACAUCAUGGUAGGGAGCAAGCUACUGCAAGGAAGGAGACUGGAGACAUUCCGUUAUGGCUAAAUCAAGAAGUACCUGCCAGUAAGCUUGACUAUUGGAAUGGGAAGGAUGAUGUUGCCUUGAAAACAAGAUUAAGCAGUUCCUCGCAUGGGAAAAGAAUGAAAAGGGCUGAUGAUGGAGCCAAACUACAAGAUGGUAGGCAGAAUGGUACACCUAGAAGAGAUAAUCAAGAUGUUCUACCCGAGAGAAAGCCAGAGAAAAGUCCUAGUUAUGCAGAUCCUAGGUCAAAGAGUCGUGAUAAAGAUCAGUCCGCUGCUAAUAACUAUGGUCACCAGUACAGUUUUCCAAACUCAACGAGAAAAACUCACGAGGAAGAUGAACACAAGUGGAAGUCCCACUUUAAUGGUGGCAUCCCCCCUCCUUAUGUUAAAUCCAGUACAAAACCGAAGGAUCGCAAACAUGAUGAUGCUGAUGUAGGAUCAUCACUUGCUGCUUCUGAUGACAGGGCAUAUGCGGUUAAUAGUGCUGAUAAAUAUCAAGGAGGGUUAUAUCAUCCUGAUAAAGAGGGGCAGAUAAUGCCACCUGCUAUUUUGAAUGGUCGGGAUCGUGAUAAAGAUUAUUACUACAAUCAUGAUGGAAGUGAUGCUCCCAUACCAAGACGAAGAUCAUCUCGAAGGCGACAUAAAUCAUCUUCUGAUCAUACCGAACUCAAUUAUGCCAAAUAUGUUGAACCUGCAAGGAGUAGAAGAACAAGAAGCACGAGAAAGGAGGACUCAAGACGAGGUCUGCAAAUUUUAUUUGAUGACGAGCAGCAUAAAGAUGACGACGAGGAAAGGAUAAUUGACAAACUGUUGAUACAUUAUAGUAAAAAGCCACCAUCCGGUGCAGAGGGAAUGAUGAGAAGAAAGUCCAAAAGCCGUCAUUCACAUCGUAGGGGAAGUGAUGUGGGUGAUAGUGAAGCUCCUCAGAAAUCAAGCAGGGAUAGAUCUGAUGUUACGUCCGAGACCGUUUCCCGUCCAACCCGAUCAAUAUCUCUCCCUCUUGUACUAACCGCCGAAUCGGAAGGGACCAAGGUAUGUGCUCGUGCUGCCUCCUUUCAGCCAGAUAGGUCGAAUCACGUUCAUCCGAAGUUACCAGAUUAUGACGAUUUGGCAGCUCACUUCGCGGCAAUGAAAGGGAGAUAGAACUUUAAACCAUAAUGAAUCAUCCUUUUUUAUCUAAUCGUUUUGAUUGCAUUGCAUCAAUCUUAAAAAUUACAUUAUUUGCUUAGCUCGGUGCUGUAUUAAGUACCCUGCAUUGAUAUUGCCUAAAGCAUUUAUGUUUUUAAACA